AUGUUCAAUACGUGUUUUGAAACAAAUCUGCAAAAUAAUUUUGUAUUUAUAACCUUUUUAUGUGUUUCAAUAUUGAAAUACUAGUACAACAGUUUACUAUUUUAUAAUCUUGUUGAUUUGUUAUAAGUAAACAAAAUGUCAAAAAAAUUUAAUAAGAAAAAUGCAGUCACUUUUAGUCUGGUUCACAGAUCACAGCAUGAUCCACUUGUGGCUGAUGAAUCAGCACCACAGCGAGUGCUUGUACCACUUACUAAACAGAAUAAGAAGCAGACAUCAAGUACAGAAAUACAAAAAGAAGCAAUACAUAAGUAUAGAGUUUGCUUCGAUCAUGAUUAUGAGUAUUUGAAAAAUCUAACAGACGUUCGUCGUUUGGAUAAUGAAGAAGAAGCUCAUUCCUCAGAUAUAACAUCAGAACUAACAGAUACAAAAAUCACUUUACCUUCUUCUGUUUUUCAAUCCAAUGUUGAAGAAAAAGUAGGUCUUUUAAAUAAAGCUAUAGCAAGUACUGGUCUAAACUUAAACUUAGAUUCAGAUGUUGUGGCUGCUUUGGAUGAUGAUUUUGAUUUUGAUGAUCCUAAUAAUCAGCUUGAAGAUAACUUUAUGGAAUUGGCAAAUCAACAAUUACCAUUCGAUGAAUGUGAUGAAGAAUAUAAUGAAGAAUUCGAUGAUAAUUUUGAUGAAGAUUUUGAUGGAGAAACUUAUUAUGGUGAUAAUGUUCAAUUUGAGUCACUAGAUUGUCCAUUUGCAAACGAAGAAACAAAAUCAAGAUUUACAGAAUAUUCUAUUUCGAGCAGUGUUAUGAAAAGAAAUGAUCAGUUGACCAUACUAGAUGAUAAAUUUGAAAAACUCUAUGCAGAUUAUGAUGAACAUAUAGUAGGAUCUUUAGACUGUGAAGAAAUAGAAGGUAAUAUAGAAAUAGAUUCUGAAAGAUUACUACAAAUUAGUAAUCAAUACAAUGAAGAAAAUGAGGUUGUAAAUGUAGCAGAAUUGAUGAAGGAUAAAAUGAAUUUGCAAACAGAGCUACAGAACAGUUCAGAUGUUGAUAGUGAUAAUGAACCCAUAAAUGCAGUUACUAUACAUUGCGACAAAAAUAAAUGGGAUUGUGAAAGUAUUCUAGGACUUUAUAAUAACAAAAAUAAUCUUCCUCAAACCAUUUCAGAACGAAAGGAUCAUCAAACAAUUAAAAUAAAUACGAAAACUGGUAUUCCAACAAAUUCUGAGCAGUGCUUGAGAAAUAUAAGAGCCGUAAACUUACCACCAGAGCUGCGAUCUACUAUUCAAAAAUCAAUGAACUCUCAACGAACGUGUACUUUGAACAAGUCAGUGUAUAGUAGGCCGAAAAAUGAGAGUCCUGAAGAAAGAAGGCAAAGAAAACAACUCGUCAAGGAUGAACGAAAAGAAAGAAGAAAGGAGCGCAAGAUAAAUCUUUUGGCCUUCAAAGAAGAAGAAAAGAAGCAGAAAAAGAUAUUGCUAAACAAAAAUCAGAACAUCCAAGGUAAUCGUAUUCUGUAAACACGUGAAAACAUAUUUCAUACAAUGUUAUUUUUAAAUAUUAUAAAUAUAUAUUAUACAAAAAUACUUUAAAAAAUUAACCAUUUUAUAUUUCUUAAUAUACAAUACUAUUUUGCUUACGAAAUACUACCCUUAAAUUGGUUUGAUAUCUGUAAUUUAACAUGUAAAAAACAUUAUAGUACCACGUCGAAUCAAAAAAGCGAACAAAAGCUUAGCUGUUUACAUUUAUGUAAAAUUUUACAUCAUACAAAUGCAAUUUCAAUGUAAAAUUGUAAAGCUUUUUUUUUUACAACAGCGCGUGAUUUAGGUGAACUUGAUCAUCUAAGCUACAAUUUUUCCAACAAUUCAGACAAAUCUAGAUAGUUGAAUAU